AUGGGCGAUCGCAUCAGGACAAGCCCCGACCAGAAGCACUCAUAUGUGGAACUGAAACAGGUUCCGUUAGAUGUUUACGGAGAAAGAUUGAGUGGAAUUUCAUCGGCUUCUGCAUGUCACCGGAAGCAAUGGAGGAAAAUACAGCCAGCCCAACAGGAAUGUUUUGUGCAAGCAUCGGACAUUUGUUUUGGUAUCAAAGAAGAGCCCGGUAUCGAGCAGCAGGUUAAGGGUCGAUUUCAGAGCCUCUCUGGCCAAGAUGCAGGCUACCUAUAUCCAGUGGAAGACUCCAGAUCAAGCUUCCAAAGUCAAAAUAGCCCGGAUAUACCUAUGGAUCAUUGUCACCUUGAACGUUCGCCAGUCUACACGGACACAACAAAUGAUCUUUUCCACAAUUUAGAGAGUAUGAAAGUGAUCAGUGAGAACGGAGAGGUUUCUGUUGAACUAUAUGGAUACCAGUAUCCGAUAGACAUAUCUGACACCAUGGACAUCAAUGGCGGACAUAAAGCAGAAUACAAUAAGGUGGAUUACCCUAUACAACAAUCUCCAUCCAAAUCGGAGCCCCACCUGUUUAGCAUUAACGAUACACAGUAUUCAGAUCCUUACACUAACAAAAGGACUAAGACAAAGGAUGCUGUUAAAGCAAGAUACAGACAAAAACGUAUGCAGCGAGGAUGUCGGUUAUGGGAAUUCAUCCGGGACCUGCUACAGAACCCUCUCUAUAACCCUUCACACAUCAAAUGGAUUGAUAGAUCGGUAGGCGAGUUCCGAUUGGUCAAAUCUAACCAGAUAGCCCGGAUGUGGGGAGCUAAGAAAAACAAUGAAUGUAUGACAUAUGAAAAGCUGAGUAGAGCCAUGAGGUAUUAUUACAAAAGAGAAAUCUUAUCUCCUGUUUUGGGAAAGCGUCUAGUGUACAGAUUCGGGGCCAAGUCGUACGGGUGGUGAUCUAACAAUUCAGAGUCUACAACAGAAGGCAAACGACCGACUCCAUGUCAAGGAUCUACAUCACAGAUUACAGCCCAGUGAAACACAAAAAUCAGUGACAGAGUAAAUACAUUAAAGCGAUUGUAAGUAAAACUUUAAACACCCGUCGACAAGGCCGAUGUUUAUUGCUUCAAAACAUCUUGGGGUGACUGUUCGCCCCGUACUGCUGCUGAAACGAAGA